AGGUCCGGUUCGAUUCAGGCAUCUCCGGUCUGAGAACGAGAAGGCCCGUCGAGCCGAGUGGCCAGUUAUUUUAACCCCCUGUGCCCGAGUCCCAGUCGUGUCGUCGAAAAAAAAAGAAGAAAAAUGGGAAAUCCUCUCCGUCCUCGGUCCAGUUCGGAAAAUUGACAAGCGCGUUUUUUUUUCGUUUUUGAAUAAAUAUUUUCAACUCAUCUUCCACCGGCGAAGAGAUGGCAGAAUCGAACGGACAAGUGAGAGUGUCGACGUUGCCCCUUGUUGGGGUCAACAACCCUGUCGACAGCGCCAAAUGCAACGGUACAGCACAGGUCGUGGUUCCACCAUCAGGUGGUGGCAUAAACAGUGUCCCGUCGAAGCGGUCGACAAAAGACUUCAGGUUCGGGAAAGUGGUAGGCGAAGGCAGCUUCGCCACAGUCUACCUCACCAAAGACAUCCAUACAAACAAGGAAUAUGCGAUCAAAGUUUGUGACAAACGGCACAUCAUCCGUGAGAGAAAGACUGAAUACGUACAACGAGAGCGGGAUGUCCUUAACAUAAUCAGCACUGCCGGCGUGCCGUUCUUCGUUAAACUUUACUGCACGUUCCAAGACACAGACAGUCUUUACUUCGUACUGUCUUAUGCAAAGAAUGGCGAGCUGUUGCCAUUUAUAAAUAAAGUUGGAGCUUUUGACACUGCUUGCACACGUUUCUAUGCGGCAGAAAUCCUGUUGGCCCUUGAACACCUCCAUCGGCUGAAAGUCAUACACAGGGACCUGAAGCCAGAAAACAUACUUUUAGAUGAAAACAUGCAUAUCCUUAUAACGGAUUUUGGGUCAGCGAAGAUAGUCAACACCCCAUCGGAAACCGCCACAGACUCCUCGCAGGGCGCUGGACGCCAGAGGAGGAACAGCUUUGUUGGCACCGCACAGUACGUCUCGCCUGAACUACUGACUGAUAAGACUGCCCACUACGCCUCGGACCUGUGGGCCCUCGGAUGCGUUAUCUAUCAAAUGAUCUCCGGCCUCCCACCGUUCAGGGGUCGCAGUGAAUAUACAAUCUUCCAGAAAAUACAAAAACUCGAGUAUGAGUUUCCGGAAGGUUUUGAUGAAGAUGCAAAGGAUCUCGUCCAGAAGCUUCUUGUUCAGGAUCCGAACGAGAGAUUGGGUGCACAUGACGAUGUUCAAACAGAAGGCUAUGUUUCAGUGAGGAAUCACAAGUUCUUUGAAGGCGUCGAUUUUAAAAACAUCCUUUUGCAGACACCUCCCAAAAUCUCACCGUACUUCCACGUCCCUGAUAGCAAUUAUAAUGUUCCUGACCAUAUCGAACCAGGACUGAACAGCCAGCUGAGCCGGCUGCUUGGACUUGGUGAUGCUGAAGAGGUCAGCUCUCCGUCAGCAGCCCAGUCAGGAGAUGUGACCCGGACAAGCUCAGGGAACCGGCGCCAGGGGGUCAGUGCUAUAAUGCGCGACCCACAGCUUAAGAAGGCCAAACUGCUCGAACAGGCCGCAACGUCCCGGUACCACCAGCUUGUCGAAGGACGACUCAUACUGAAACAGGGAAUCGUGAACAAGCGUAAGGGUCUUUUCUCCCGACGGCGCAUGCUCCUCCUCACCGAAGGGCCUAGGCUGUUCUACGUCGACCCAGCAACUAUGGUCCUAAAGGGCGAAAUCCCAUAUUCCUCGAGUAUUUCGACUGAACCAAAGAAUUUCAAGACGUUCUUUGUACAUACCCCUAAUAGAACGUACUACCUCGAAGAACCAGAAGGCUACGCACUCGACUGGUGCAAAGCCAUCGAUGAGAUGAAGGUUUUUGUCAUUGACUGAUAAAACUAUAAUAUUCAAGGGACGGAGACGAGCGACAGACCUGUGAUAUACUUUAAAACAAAAAAAGAAGAAACAAAAAAAACAACGCCGUCUUCACAGCUCUUCCUUUCUUAUCCUGCAUUCCAAAUUAUACCGAGAGGAAAAGAACCGUUGUAUUCUAAUUAAUUUACCAGUUAUUGAUAUUAACGUCCGUCGCCUUAAUGACGAAGGAUUUUAUUAGUUAGUUUAGCA